AUGGCCCACGAGAUCCCCUUAAGGGCAGGCUCGUCGUCAAACAGCAAUGAGUACAUGCCUUCAACCGGAAGAAGUAGCCAAGGCUCAAUGCGGGAAGAAGAACAAGAGGACGAACAGACCAGUCAGCGCCUCAGCGUGAUCAAUACCAUGCUCUCUUGCUUCCAGUGCAGGGCUCGAAAGGCGAAAUGCGAUCGAUUGAAGCCCAACUGCAGCCGAUGCGUGCGACUCGGAGAUAAAUGCAUGUUUCCAAACUCGCGACAGAGGCGACUGGUUCGGAAGACGAAACCUGCUGCCGCGUUGGAGACCCGAGUAGCUCGACUAGAAGAGAUACUUAUGCAGAGCGGACUGCCAGACAUGGUAUUGAGUGAGCCUAUAUCCCUUGGCGAUGAAGCCGGACUCGAUAUGGACUGGGCCCAGGAUGCAACCAACAUCAACCAGUCACCUUCCGAUGGGGCCCCGUCUAAUGUAAUUCCCGUGAUCCAACCGACUGCCGUGUCGUCCCAGGAGGAUCCAUUCAUGAUGCAUGAAUUGAUUGGACUUGGUCAGUUUGAGCAGCUUCCGCCCAGCCACUUGACCGAACGAUUGGCUGACUUGUUUUUCGAGGAACUACACCAGGAUCUUCCAAUGUUACAUCGAGCACGCUAUGUAACAUCUCUUCAUUACCCUGCCCAUAUGCGCCCUCCCCUGUCUUUACAAUAUGCGGUCUGGGCUUUGGCCGCAACGACGCGUCAGGAGUUUGCACACCUCGCAAUGCCAUUCUAUGAGCGGUCUAGGCGGUAUGCAGACGCAGAUGAGAUGAAGGGCCAGGGAGAAUACUUUACCACCAUAGCUCAUACGCAAUGUUGGUGCUUGAUCGCUACCUAUGAGUCCCACCAACUCCUCUUUUCUCGGGCCUCUGUCAGUCUUUCUAAAAGUGUUCGGAUCGCCCAGAUGCUUGGGCUGCAUCGCCUCGAUAGCCCAAAGCAACCAACGGACCCUCCUCUCCCCCCUCCGGCAAAUUCCUUUGAGAUUGAAGAGCGGAGGAGAACAUGGUGGGUGAUAUUCUGUUCUGAUCGGUUCGUGAGUGGCAUCACGGGUUGGCCCGCUCUAGUGAAUGAGAAGGAUAUUGAAACCCGAUUACCUGCCUCUGACGAUGCAUUCGACAUGGGCACCGAGGAAGCGACACCCUGGCUCACCGCUGCCCUUCAAGGGGGCACUCUCUAUUCUCCUUUCGCUGGCAAGGUGCUUACCGCCCAUACGUUCCACAGAACUCUGGAGCACACAUUUCGGUCCAUCCCAAAUGAUGGCAUCGAAGACAUUGCGGAUGGGCCAUACUAG